AUGCAAAAUCUUGUGAUCUUUCUAUUAUUUGGGACGUUAUUCGCUAUUGGAGAGAGCAUAAUUAUACGAGAUGACAGUAGUGAUUCUCAUGAAUCUUCGUAUUAUUCUGGAGGUGGGCAUCGUCCGAAACCUCCAAGCCCAACCAAACCAAGUUCAAAAUGUGAGUCAGGAUGGACAAGAGUACAAAGACUUAGUGGUGGUUGGUGUGUAAAAGUGUUUGCUGGACUGACAAAUCAACCACAAGCUGAAUCGAUUUGUGCUCAAAAUGGAGCCAGAUUAUCAGCAGUGGAAAGUAGCCAAGAAAGAGAAACAAUAGCUGAAUUGGGAAGAGUUUUGAUGACGACAUCAUCCACGUGGAAAUUCGGAUCAUUGAGAACUGGAAUUAAAAGAAACACGUUGAACAGUCCAUUCUACGUAACGGAUGGAAAUGCGAAGGAUUUGAAUGCAGUGAAAUGGAGUCAUGCAGAGCCGAAUCAAGGAAGUUACAAUGGAGGUGGAAAUAAUUGUGGAAUGAUGUGGCUAUGGGUACCUGGGGGACGACAAGUUCAACAACGUGUACAUGGAGAAUUCUUCUCAAUGGUGUGUCAUAUUACGUGGAACGACAGAUUCAGAGGGUUUGUGUGUGGAAAGUCUGCUGUCUAA